CCUCUCCGUACUCAUUUCUGGAAUGUAACUCGGCACAGAACCUGCCCACAGUAACUCGGACGUCUGCCCAGGAAAUCCUAUGGAGAACGUUACAGUCUCCAGAAGCCCCUCCUGCACCUACAAUGAGGACUUCAAGCGGAUCCUCCUGCCUCUGGUCUACAGCGUGGUCUUCAUCCUGGGGCUGCCCUUGAACUUCACGGUCAUCGUUCAGAUCUGGAGGUCGCGGAAAGUGCUGACCCGCUCCAGGAUCUACAUGCUGAACCUGGCCAUUGCGGACCUCCUGUACGUCUGCUCCCUCCCCCUGCUCAUUUAUAACUACGCCCAGCACGACUACUGGCCCUUCGGAGAGUACACCUGCAAGUUUGUGCGCUUCCAGUUCUACAGCAACCUGCACGGCAGCAUCAUGUUCCUCACCUGCCUGAGUUUCCAAAGGUACUUCGGGAUCUGCUACCCCCUUGCCCAGUGGCACAAAAAGGGGGGCAGGAAGUUUGCCUGGGUGGUCUGUGGAGCGGUGUGGAUGAUCGUCGUGGUCAUCUGUGCGCCCACGUUCCACUUUGCCACUACCGGCAUUCAGAGGAACAGGACGGUGUGCUACGAUCUGAGCGAGCCCUCCCGGUCGGCUCAGUACUUCCCCUACGGCAUGGCCCUCACCUUCAUCGGCUUCGUCAUUCCCUUCCUGGCCAUCGUCGUCUGCUACUGUUGCAUGACCAGGAUCCUUUGCCAGACCAACCACAUGACCGGCCUGGCGGUACGGGAGAAGAAGGACAAGGCCAUCCGGAUGAUUGUCAUCGUGGUGGUGGUGUUUGCCAUCAGCUUCUUCCCCUUCCACUUGACCAAGACCAUGUACCUGAUUAUCCGGGCCUUAACAGAUGUGGCCUGCGGGAUGCGGGAGCGGUACUCAAUCAUUUACAAGUGCACUCGCCCCUUUGCCAGUAUGAACAGUGUGCUGGACCCCAUUCUCUUCUACUUCACCCAGCAGAAAUUCAGAGAGGGCACCAAACUGCUAAUGGACAAGAUCAGCACCAAACGAGACAAAACCUCAAAAAAAUAAAAAGAAUGUCUUUGCGAGCUCUCAGGAGCUCACAACAAUAAGGUGUUAUCAUAUGACUGGGUUUCGUAUUGCCUGUCCGCAUAAAAUAGUCUUUACCUCAUGUCGGUUUCUUUAAAAGGACAGCCAAUAUUCAACCUUAGUAGGUGUCUUCCUGUCUCUCAAACAGAUCUCUUGCCUGUCAAAUAGCUUCUUUUCACCAGUUGAAGGAACAACAAUGCACAAAAAUGCAUGGGUCUUAGAACUGUUGACUUGAGUAUAUUAGGCUUGUGAAGAAAACUGUAAGUGUGUAUACAGUGUAUUAUGAACCUAGUUUCAUUGUACACUCCUAAAAAAUGUUUGGGUAUUUGUAUUGAAGAAGUGUAAUUGAAUUAUUUAGAUUACCAAAGUAAAUCUCUUACUAACAAAAAUAUUAUUAUUUUUGUAUAAUAUGAUACAGACAAAUAGAACUUUAACAGAAGAUUGUGAAUUUGCCUGUUCAGUUACUGUAACUUUCUUUAUUAAUACCGUUUUCUUUCUGAAUAAAAUGUCACAGUUUUUGUAAUAUUUAUUUUAAAAAUAAAUGUGAUCAGUUCCUGAAAGGCAGUUAUAGUACCCAGUAAAUAUGAAUAUGUAGAUUCUUCUCAAGACAAUAUAAAAAAAAAGUUGAAGCUAUAAAGUAGAUUUUUCUGACUAAGAUGUGGGUGGAUACCAUACAGCAUAUGCAAAUCUAUCCCAGAUUACUGCCUUUAAACCUGUAUCAUCCUAACCUACUGCACGGGAACUACACAUUAUUUUUCUCACAGUUUUGAGAUUAAAAUAGUGUUUUUAUGAAAGUCUAAAUCAGUUGACACUGACUGGGCCAUGUCUACUGAUUAAAAACAGAACUCUGUUUACAAUCUGGCAGGAUUUCCAUGACAUAAUCCAAGGGAAAUGCUUGGUAGAAAAAGAUGACGCAAAAACAGGCAGUUCUAAUUUGGUCUUGUAUUCAAGUGAAUGGAACAUGCAUUAACAAGUAUCGGAGACAUAAGAUUCAAAGAAAGCAGCAUUUUAGGUAAGCAAUGGAACUCAUUUUAAAAUCAGAUUUGAAAAGUGUCUCCCUGUUCUUUGAUUUUCCAUAUAAGAACAAAACCACUGACAAUUUACUACCACUAAAUCAGUGGUUCUCAGUCCUGGUCUUGAGAAACCCCUGUGCUUUCUAGUUUGUACACCUAUGGAGUGAUCUGGCGUAGCCCCUGUGUCUUCUAGUGUUUGUUUCUGGUAUUAUUCACUGGUCAAUUUAUUUCAUUUUUGUCAUAUUUCUUUUUCUCUUAAAACGCUGAAUGGGAUUUGUAAUGGGUAUAAUGAGUGCUAAUGAGCGAGAAUCGGGACUGUCUUCAUUCAGAUGUGCUACAUGAAAUAUAUCUAUUGGGACUUGAGAGUGCUGCCUUGUGGCACUGGGCCCUGGGUUCAGUUCCUGGGGUGCUACAGUACAUGUAUCUGCAUGGAGUUUGUAUGUCCUCCCCAUACAACCAACAUUCUGGUUUCCUACACAAAUGUGUAGGUACUAUACUGUACAUUGAUCUAUCAUAGCAGUUUACGUCUCAGUCAGUUGGCCUUGGUUGAACCUUUAAUUUUAUCUUUAACUGUGUUUCUUGUGUGUAGUAACAGAACAGACUUUUAAAGUAAUAGCAUACUAAAAGGCAAAAUGGCUUAAAAAUGAGCUUUACAUGAUAAAUAAUAAUGAGAGGUCUGGUAUGUGGUAUACCUGCUGAUUUGUGCCGUGUGUAUUGCUGCCUCAUUGCAUUGACAAAUUAAGUAUGUUACCAACUGUAAUUUCCCGAAUGAUACAAUAUAGAACAUUAGAUAAACAGAACACACUGCCGUAUUUUGACAUACUUUGUGUUCUUUGUUAGUAUAUUGUUGGCAUAUGCUUAGAAUCACUACAGUAUAUAAAUGAAUGACAGAGGCAGCUUAACCAAAAUUGAAAACAAUAUAUUGCAUGUGAAAGGCUUGAUACACAGUGUUUAUCUGGCCAAAGUUGAUUAAUUCAGACAUCUAUUGCAGUGUUUCAAAUAUGAGCUUAGCUUAAUUCCACUGGGCAGUGGGCAAACACUCAGGUUAAUAUAUCAUUUUUCAGAUACGCUCACAUUACACUCUAUUUUGCUUCUCAUUAUAAACUUCAGCUGCAUCCCGCAGAAAUGCAUUGACUGAAUCUCCGUAUAAAUGUGAAUUUCCUGGUCACUUGUCACACAAGUGAUCCUACUGGACUUCCCACUUUUUCACAGUGUCUUAUAGACAGUUAUCAUUAAAUUUGAAAGAGCACCACCGAUUAAAUUUAACAAUAAUUAACAGAAAUGAAGAGAAAUUAGUAAAUAAGCUUGUGAAAAUCUUAACAAUACAUUUGGAUGUAAGGAUUAUUCACGGCCCUUGGACACAAUUUGAUGAGCUGUGCAGGAGGGUCAAACAGGAAGUAAGAUGGGGUAUACAGUAUAAGAUGACACUCGCCUUCUCUCCUCGUUAAAUCCGUGGCACUAUUUUGUGUGCGGUUUUCUGUUGUUUUUUUCUUUUUUUUGGGCCAGUGUAUUGCUUUGUUAUUAAGAGGGGAACCAUAUUCUUUCUCUUUUCAACUCACUUGAGACUGUGAUGCACUCCGUUGAAUGAAGUACACUUGUUCUCAAUCGUCGUCUGGAAUUACUGUAUGAUGUUAUAACAAUGUAGCAGCUAAGCCAAAUGUAAUUGUGAAAAAUGGCUGUGUUACUGUACCAGUAUUACUGUGAGCAGAAGUUCGUUUCUAACAUACGUUGCUGAAGUCGAUAUAUAUUGAAAUAUUUUUUUAUUUCCAUUCAAAUGUGAGACAAGGUUACGUUAACAUACUGUAGGUUAAUGUAACAUAUAUGUGCAUAUAUUUAUUGUGGGAAAAAAUAUGGUGUUUUAUUUUACCAGGUACUAAUGUUUAAUUUUACAUCUUUCUCAUGUCCAAUUUGGUAUUUGUUAAUUUUUGUAAACUUAAAUGAGAUGUAAUAAACUCACUUGCCUUUAA